UCCGCGAUCGCCCGGCCGCAGGGAAGGAAGAAAGGAGCGCAGGAGGCGGAGGUAAGACCGGCGCCCAGAGACUAGGGCGAGCCCCGGGCCCUGCGCGGAGCAAUCCGCAAGGCCUCGACCCGCCGGCCCAGCUCUGCAGAUCAUACCUACCCGGAACAGAUAGCCCCCUCUUGGACCCAGGGCCCCCGACAGCCUGCAGGCUCCACGCCCUCCCCCGACACCACGCCCGGCCAGGGGUCUGGCCACAGCCAUCUCCUCCCUGGGGAUUUUCUGCAGCCUAGCUCCCAGCCUCCUCCUCUCCCUUGUCUUGUGAGUCAGGGCCCCCUACCCAGCUUCUUCCUUCACCCAGACUCGCCUACCUGCAAGAGUCUAGUUCGUCUAUCCUGUUCUGUCUGAGACCCAGGAGUCCUAGCCUUCAGUCUUCCUGCCGGAGACCCAGGGAUCCAGGACUCAGCACUCCUUCAAGCCCAGGAGUCCAGACCCCAGCCCUCCUCCCUCAGACCCAGGAGCCAGCCUCAGCCUCCUCCCUCACACCAGGAGUCCAGACUCCAGCCUUCCCCCCUCAGACCCAGGAGCUUAAGCCCUGCUACUCCUUGGUCCCUCCCAGCCCCUGACUUUUGGGUCCAUACACUCCUAUUUCCAGGGCCUCUUGCCUGAAUCCCACGCCACUGAGGCCUCAAGGGUGGACUGGUUCCCAACCCCCACUGAGAAUGUUCGACCCCCUGGGCCCUAGAGCAAAAUCAGUCGGCUGACUUUAUCUCUCUGUGUCUCCUGUGUAUUGUUCUGUCUUCCUGUCUGUCCGCCUUUCAUCUCUAUGUCCUCUCUCUAUCUCUCUCCCUUCCAUUUCUCCUGGACCUCGUCGCCCUUUCCCACUUCUCCACAACUCUCUCCUCUGCUUUACCGUCUCUGCCCGCUUCUGCCUCUGCUCUGUCUCUGCCUCCUCACCCCCUGCCUCCCCUGCCUCUCACCUGUCUCCUCUUCUGGACUGAGGAUCUACCCUCCUCUCUCUCUCCUCUGCCCUUCACCACACCCACAUCCUUCAUCUCUUCUCCCGACCCCUGCCUCUCCCCCUUUUCCCCACAGGCAUGGAUCCACAGCCCCCUCCACCUGCCCAGGGCAGCCCGCCUCACCGUGGCCGAGGCCGAGGCCGUGGCCGUGGCCGUGGCCGAGGCCGUGGUCGUGGCAGAGGGGGUGCUGGAGCCCCUAGGGCACCUCUGCCCUGCCCCACCUGUGGUCGACUCUUCCGCUUCCCUUACUACCUGUCUCGACACCGGCUGAGCCACUCGGGCCUGCGGCCCCACGCCUGCCCCCUGUGCCCCAAAGCUUUCCGGAGGCCUGCCCACCUCUCCCGCCACCUCCGUGGCCACGGGCCCCAGCCCCCGCUGCGCUGCGCUGCCUGUCCACGCACCUUCCCGGAGCCGGCCCAGCUCAGGCGCCACCUGGCCCAGGAGCACGCAGGUGGCGAGGUGGAUCUGUCCACGCAGAGGGCCGUGAAGGAGGAGCCACAGGACGAGGGCGUGGAGCAGCCCUCCACGGCGGUGGCCGGGGUUGCGGAGGAGGCGGCAGCAGUGUGGCCCGAGACAUGGCCCGUCGGGGACCCGGCCCCGGUGGCUACCCCCACGAGUACCGAUCCUCGGGAAUCAGAGGCCGAGGAGGCCGAGGCCGGGGCAGCGGAGCUAAGGGCAGAGUUGGCACUGGCCGCGGGGCGACAGGAGGAGAAACAGGUCCUCCUCCAGGCCGACUGGACGCUGCUGUGUCUCCGCUGUCGCGAAGCCUUCGCCACCAAGGGGGAGCUCAAAGCGCACCCGUGUCUGCGCCCCGAGGGCGAACAGGAGGGCGAAGGGGGACCCCCACCCCGCCCCAAGCGACACCAGUGUUCCAUUUGCCUCAAGGCUUUCGCCAGGCCCUGGUCCCUGUCGCGUCACCGGCUAGUCCACUCCACCGAUCGGCCUUUUGUGUGUCCAGACUGCGGCCUGGCCUUCCGCCUGGCCUCCUACCUCCGCCAGCAUCGCCGCGUCCACGGCCCUCUCAGCCUGCUGGCCCCACUGCCCGGGGCCGGCAAGAAGGACGACAGGUCCUCAGGGGGACGGAACUCAGGGAAAGGGCCUGAGGGGGGCGAAGGGGCAGAAUGUGGGGGCGCCUCGGAAGGGGGCGAAGGCGGGCAGAAUGGAGGAGAUGCCACCCCAGCCCGGCCCCCGGCGGGGGAGCCACGCUUCUGGUGUCCCGAGUGUGGCAAAGGUUUCCGACGCCGGGCCCACCUGCGUCAACACGGGGUCACCCACUCUGGGGCACGCCCUUUCCAGUGCGUGCGCUGCCAGCGGGAGUUCAAGCGACUGGCGGACCUGGCCCGCCACGCGCAAGUCCACGCUGGGGGUCCCGCGCCGCACCCGUGCCCUCGAUGCCCACGCCGCUUCUCCCGCGCCUACAGCCUCCUUCGCCACCAGCGCUGCCACCGCGCGGAGCUGGAACGGGCGGAGCUGGAGAGGGCCGCCGCGCUGCAGGCUCUCCAGUCCCAGGCCGCACAGUCGCCCCAAACUCCGCCGCUUAAGCAGGAGGCAGAAGGGCUCCCUCUGUCCAUCGCACACAUCAAGGAAGAGCCGCCCUCACCUGGCACCCCACCUCAGUCCCCGCCGCCUCCCCCUGUCUUUCUCAGCGCCUCCUGUUUUGACAGCCAAGACCACUCAGCCUUCGAGAUGGAGGAUGAGGAGGUGGACAACAAGGCCCACCUACGCGGAUUGGGGGGCUUGGCCUCCUGACCCUCACAUCCACCCUCCGCCCCUCCGGUUGAGCUCCCGGUUUGCAGUAAGGAAGAGGGAAGCUGAAAGAGAGAUACCUCCUCUGCCUACCCCUGAGCCCCGGGUCACUCACCUUUCCCUUUUACCUACCCCUAGACCCCUGAUGCUGGUUAGGAAACACUCACCCCAACACGUGUCUUAAGUAAAGGCAGGACAAGGCGGAGGGCGCUUGGCCAGAGGGCUAGAAGCUGGUGGGUUGACCCCAGCCUGCCCGUCCCCCAUGACAAACACUGGACACCAUCACCUCUUUGGAACUGCCAGACCCUGGGAGUUCCCAGUGAGAAAGGUCUGUCCCUGUUCCUGUGUCUCUGUGAAUAAAUGUGAGUUCGUGCAA